CAUAAAUUUUACAGGAAGAUGCUAAAUUUAUGAAGAAUAUGAACUUGGAUUCAUACAGAUUCUCGAUUUCUUGGUCCAGGAUACUACCAAAUGGAAAGCUUAGCAGAGGUAUAAACCAAGAAGGGAUUGACUAUUACAACAAUGUCAUCAACGAACAAUUGGCUAAUGGUAUAAAACCAUUGGUGACUCUUUUCCAUUGUGAUCUUCCCCAAGCUUUAGAAGAUGAAUAUGGUGGCUUCCUUAGUCCUCUCAUAUUCAAGGAUUUUCGGGAUUAUGCGGACGUUUGCUUCAAGGCAUUUGGAGAUAGAGUUAAGCAUUGGGUUACACUGAAUGAGCCAUGGACUUACAACAUUAAUGGCUAUGCAAAUGGAACCAUGGCACUAGGACGUUGUUCUAGUUGGGUAAAUCCAAUACGUUUUCAAAUGCCUGAGCUAUACAAGUAAAGAAAGGAAAAGAACCAAUACAUUUUGCCGGAGGAAUGAUAUGGUUUUAGCAAAAGUUGAAGUGUCUCCCCUCUCAUCUCAUAAUAGGAAAAACCCACCAGAGAUCUUGUAAAGAGUGAAACAACAGAAUGAUAUGGAUCAGAUUGUUCUCAAAUUCAGUAGGUUGGGAAUUGUUACGGUCCACUUACAAAUCCUAAUUUCAAUUUAUUUUUAAUUCUUAAA